GAUACCGAAGUAACCGAACUUGGAUUUCCGUAAUGUGGAAAUCUGGCAGGGCUUGGCGGCCACCGCCGCCGCCUGAAACUGAAAUUUUGUGGAAAAGUGCGUGAAAACUACAUUAUAUCGUGAUUUAUUUCGUUUUUACCUCGGAGAAGGUUUGCUGAUUAGCUUUCCUGCAAGAUUGACCUUGAUGACUGAGUAACAGUCCAAUUUCUUCUGCUUCCCUAUGUGUAUAGGGAACUGAUAGUAAAUGAAUAAUAUAGGGAAAAAGUAACUCCAGAAAAUGUGCCCACAUGCAUGUGACAGUACUUUCAAGUGGAAGGACGGGCAGAAAGAAUUGGAUUCACCUGGGCAGUUGUACCUGGUUCUCCCGCGAGUGGAGGGAGAUGACGUCAUCACCACCAGUGUUGGCGACGCCUACGCGCUAAAUUUGAAUUUAGUAUCCUGCCGCUCGUGGAAAUCACGGCUGUAUAAUUGUUCGAUUUUCAUCGUCAAGGUAGGUCCACCAUGAUACACGUGAGCCUUGAAUUUAGAAUUUUUCUGUUGGAUCUAUCUUAGUUUCAUACAAAUGAUCAAAGAUAUUGACAUGCUUUGUUUGAGAUAAUUUAGAUAAUGUGGUUUUUAAUUAUGGUUUAUAUGUUGUAAAUCAUGCAUUUAUUGUUGUAAUGCUCAUGUGCCCAUAUGUACAUUGAAAUGAAUUCUUUUUACUCUUUAUGGUGGUUUAUGUUAUCCCAUGGUGGCCUGGGAAUCGAGUAGCCCGCCUAGACGAAAGCGAUGAUGUAAGGGUUUUUUUCCCUUAGCGGUCUUGAAUUGUGUUUCCGUUUGAUAUUGGAAAUGGGAAAAAUGUUCCUAUAUGUCAAGUAUUUUGUACCAUUCGUAACCUGUAUUCUGUAUGAUGUACAAUGUUUUCUGUGUAUAUCAGGUAUAGUUUGUAUUGAAUAUUGUCAAAAUCUGAAUGAUUUCUUGUUUUGAAUCAAUGUGUUUUGUAUUAUUGUUGGUACUCAUUUUACAUGACAUUGUAUUUUUUCAAUUUUGGUAUAUCUGGCAUGACAUUUUAAACUGUCUUUACAGUUAUUUAUAAUCUAUAACCAGUUUCUGAUAUAGUAAAAAUUUAUAUAUACUUAGUUAAAUUUGCAUGGCAGUCAAGGCUCACUGUAUACAAUGUUACUUUGAAGGCUGUAAAUGGAUAAGAAAUAUUUACAUGUUAUAAUUAUUUUUCUAUAUAUUUUUCGAACUGGAAAAGUUCAUAAUGUCUGCUGUAAAACUAUGAAAGAUUGAACUUGUCCCUAAAACUUUAAAUGAUUAUAACCAGAACUCUGGCAUCCAUUACACACUACCAUUUCUUUAAAGCUAAGGCUUCAUAGCAAACUGCAUUACUUAGUAACCAAUGUGAACUUUUUAAUCCAAAAUAACCAUUUCCUAUUUCACAGAGGAAGAGAACUGUGGCGGUAGUUGCGUUGUGUAUGUCUCGAUGGGUGCUGCCGUGAAAUGCUUUGUUUUAUACAGCUAUUUGCUUUGUUGUUAGAAUCAAUUGCUGCUUGCUUUUACUAUGGUUGUUUGCUUGACAUGCUCGGGAUGUGUUUUUUAUUAAUUUUUUUGGCAGUGGUUCUUGUUCUUCUGUGAAAUACUUGGGAACGGUCACAUUUUGAUAUCAUUGAAGUUAAUGGCAGAAAACAAUGAAUAUUGGUUAAUAUGAACGUUAAAACUAGUAGGCAGUGUCAAAAAAUAUUUGACAAAGCCUGAUUUGAUUGAUUAAAACAAGAUGUCAAUGGCACUGGAAGACCAAAAAGCUAAAUAGACCAAUGUUUGAAGCAAGUUCCAUAAACAUCUGGAAUAUAAUGGAGUGUGUUUGAAAAAAAUCCAAAAGUAAUAUUAAAGAACAAGUAAAGGUCUUCCAAUAUCUGACUUCUCUGACUUGCAAAUAGAGUAACUUUUUGUAAUACUUUAAAUUUUUGCACUUUAAUUUGCGUUUUGAAUAAAGCCUUCAAGGAGCCUUCAAGGUUUCAUCCAUGGUGGAAAAAAAUCUAGCUGUUGGCUGCAGUUGGUGAGUGUUAAACUUAUUUCAUUAAGCGUUCACAUUUCUCUUGAUUUGCUAAUGAUACAAAUACAUGCUUUUGUGCAUUUGCAUUUAUUUUUUUCAGAGGAAUAAAGGUGAUUUUUUCCCCUUCAACUCGAGGUUCUUUGUGUCUGUUUAGUCUUUAUUCUUUUGAGGAAUGAAACACUGGUGUACGUAUGUAAUUACAAGCGCUUUGUCGCCUUUGAUGAAUUUUCGUUGAAUGUUCACAAAUUAGUUGUGGCAUCUGUUUUGAUAAUGACCGGUUGAAUUGUGGCAUUUAUGGCAUGAUAAAGGCGCUAAAAUUAACAUAACGUAAUUAACAUCAUCGAUUUUUUUUAACUCUGGUUGCAUUAAAUUGUUAAGCAGCUCUGCGCACUAAGCCUAGGAGAGGGUGGUGGAGGGUGAGAAGGGGAAUUGCCUGCGUAGUAUCUACUUUAUUGCAAGAAGCGCUUUCCAGGCGAAUAGAAUCCAUGUGUUUGUCUAGGUUUGAGUGGCGUUUGGCUUGCAGUGAGUUAGGGAUUCAAUAGUGUUAGUUUGGUUAUAAAAGCAGAAUUAGGUUAUGAGAUGCAAGUUAUGCAAAUCCGUAAUUUUAUGAUGUUUAGGUUAUAUUACUUAGUUAAGGUUAUGUAUUUAAGCUCUUUAGAAUUAGUUAGUUGCUCGAACGAAACUCUGACAUGUGAUGGAGACGACUCCAAAGAUUCAUCUUGGAAGGGCCCCAUCAACCACAUCUCUGCUUCUUUACUUGAUAAAGCGGAAAUGUAAUAUUGUUGGAGCUUCUGACGGAUGUAGCCUUUACCAGAAACGACCAAUUUUGCUAACAGCAACAUAUCAUGUACUGCACUACGUAAAGAUACGCCGCAAUAUAUUGUAUACGUCAAGGAGAGAGUCAUCUUUCGCCCUUGUGAGGUUCGAACGACCUGGCCACCACCACCCACUGGCCGAGUGCCACCAUCAUGUCACUUUCGCAGCCUUCAGAGCUGUCGCUGGUGCACGUGGCAGCACGUGUCGUGCCUGCCAAGCCUUCGAGACCAGUGACUUCUUACGAAGAAUCUACGAAUCUGACUCGCCACUCUUCGCAACCUGACCCCCAAAAUUCGCCCAAGAUGCCUGCGUCUUGUCCUGAGCUUCGUCAGAGUGAAGAGGCUUCUGAAGAACCGAGAACAGCCUCUGAUCUUCCAUUUGACCUCUCGAGAUCUAACAGACAGUUAACUAUGAUGUCUGCGACGCGACCUCUCGACCCGGCCGAAUCUGAACAGCCACUUGACCUGAGAGUGGAAUUUAAGAAACGUCGAACGGUGGAAGAUGAGAAUAUGAACCUCGUGACGAGUCCAAAUCAAAUGUCCCAAAAUAUGACCCCUGUUCUUCGCCUUUCUCUUCACCAGGAGAGGUCGCCUUCGCAGCCUCUUCCGUCGCCCUCAUCGUCAUCAGCUCGUUCUGAAUCCCCUACGUCAUCAGAAAGGGCCACAAAAAGACCGUUAGAGUGUCCCCUUAAUUUUUCUUUCACCGAACCCUCAAGUAUUUCACACAAGGCACCAGUGCCCCUUUUGUACCCGAGACCUUUAGCACCAGCUUCAUUGCUCUAUGCUCGGAUGAGUAAGGAAAUGCAGUACCCUUCCUUGAUUUCAAGACCGAGCCCGACGAGUCCACAAUAUCCACUUUUGCACUUACCUGGCAGCCCAUACUCAUAUCCAUUUAUAAGAGCAUACCCGGGCCUCACUGGCCCUCCCAGACAUCCGGCACUGUACGAGGCCCUGAGCGACCACCGGCUAUCGGAGGUUUCCCCGACCCCAGGUUCUUUGAGCCACCAUUCAAAGCCCAGGGAAAGAUAUUGCUGUAAAUUUUGCGGAAAGGUAUUUCCUCGAUCAGCCAAUUUGACUCGACACUUAAGAACUCAUACUGGGGAACAACCCUACAAGUGCAAAUUCUGCGAGAGGUCCUUCAGUAUAUCAUCUAACCUGCAGCGUCACGUGCGCAAUAUUCAUAAUAAAGAAAAACCUUACAAAUGUCGUCUUUGUGACAGGGCAUUCGGCCAACAGACCAACCUUGACCGCCAUUUAAAGAAACAUGAAAAUGAUGGCCCGACUAUACUGGACAGUGGCACCAGGCGGUUGCUUCUUCCAAAACCUGCCCAGGAGACUUGGCGGAGUCCUCUGCCACCACCCUUGACUCCUAUUAGACCUUCGUUGGUCUCGGCCGCUGACUUCAGCCCGCUCUCAGCUGUUUUCGGUGCCUCUUCAUUUCCUUCAUUGGACUACGGCCGCACAGUAUCCCCUGACACAUCUGCUGCCUCAGAGAAGCCGGAGGAAGGAGAGGUGGAAGAUGAGGAAGAGGAGGAGGAGGAGGAGGAGGAGGAAGAUAUCGACGUUGAAAACGAAGAUGAAGAGGAAAAUGAUGAUGAUGGUGACAACACGAGGCGAGUCUCCUGUGAAGUGACAAUUACUCCCGCUCCUUUACCUGCUGGAAACAAUUCUGCAACUAAUGGUUCAGAAAAUAUACUAGAAGUGUAGUGCUGAAUCAGUAUUAGUGACGUGGCUCAGAAUGCGAUAAAACCCGAGUCACUACUCUGAUGAUCAUUCACAACGCGCUGAUAAAGUGAAAAUGGUGGCAGAGUGGAGGUGAAUGAGUAAUCAGUUACCAAAAAAAGUGAUCAUGUGUGCAAAUAAAAGACAGUAUAUUUUUAUAUUUAAGAUCAAGGAAAUCUUGAUGUUGAUGUACAUAACGUGAAUAGUAUAAGCAAGAAUGGAAGAAUAUUAUUGAGUAAGGAAGACUUAGAGUCCUCUGAAAAGAUUUCAAUGUAUCCGCGGUUGGAUAGACAUAAUGAUUGUUCGAUAAUUAACAGUGAAAAUAUCAAUAAGCGCUUGAAGGUGCUCGUUCAAGAACACUGGUCGUGCUUGACGUUUGUUUAACUUUGUUACUCGUGGGAAGUGUCUGAGGCCACGCGGUUGUCAUCCGUGGUGGUAAUCACCUACGGAAAAGGACUUGCAGUUUGAAAGUUCACGUUAUUGACCAAGAAAGAGGCUAGUUAAACAGGGGAACAGAUAUAUGUUAAUGAAAGAGUGCCAUUCACUUUUUCAUCAGAUAAACAUCUAUUCUUUUUCACUACAAUUUUUGCUACUUAAUGCUCCCCGUUUAACAACACUAACGAAAAAUGACUGUUUUCGACUGUAUAAAGUACAAGAGGCUGUAUAAGUAACCCGUAUGUACCUCUCCAUAAGACGUUUCCUUUAGUUUUGUUAAUCUGUUGAAAGGAUUGCUACUUCAUGUUACCUUACCUGUUACACAAAUUUUCAUAUCUCACGGAGGUGUUCAGACUAACAAAGUCUUUCGGACAUUUAAUGGUUCCCAUUUCAGUCAGAUGCUCCCGUCAAAGUUUUUCAUGCAAAAACGAGAAAGUCAUUUGAA